AUGCAGCAAUAAACUUCCAUUUGACUAGAAAGUAGAAAGCAGUAUGCAGCAAUGCCAUCUUAGAAAGGAGGCCACGGAAGAAGAUUAACGCUACAUACGCCACCAUUUUGUGGGCAUUUCUACUUGUGCUGUUCGACGGUAAAGUUCUUUGUGGUACGAGACUAUCAAAUUUGUUUAAUACACUUCAAAUAAUGUCACGUUAUCGUGAGUGGGAUCCGUCGUGUAAGGUUUAUGUUGGAAAUUUAGGAAAUAGUGCUAGUAAACAUGAAAUUGAAAGUGCGUUCAGUAAAUAUGGGCCACUAAGAAAUGUAUGGGUUGCCAGAAAGCCACCUGGAUUUGCUUUUGUAGAAUUUGAAGACCCACGAGAUGCGGAGGAUGCAGUCAGAGGAUUAGAUGGAACGUGAGUAUAUAUAUAUAUAUAUAUAUAUAGAUACUCAAUGAUAAUAAUUUUAUGAACUUUAAUAAUAAAAAUCAAUGCAUUUCUUUUUUCUUAGGCGCUGUUGUGGAACCAGAGUGAGAGUAGAGAUGUCCUCAGGAAGAAGUAGACGUGGAGGUGGGAGGAGAUCAGGUCCAAGAUAUUCCAGGUAAGAAAUCUUAAAGUAUAAAUAUCCAUAUUUUACAGCAACGUUUGAGCUGCUGCAGAUGGCUAAGUGUCUCGCCAAGUAGGUAUUACAGUGCAGUUAUCAAAUAAGAAUGAUAAAAAAGACGAUGCACGGGUUUCGGUGAAUUUUCUUUUAUGCACAGAGGAUGUAAAUUUAUAUUUUUUUUAUUUAUUUUAUAUAGGAAUGCAGAUAGAAUAUAUUGUAUACUAUAUUUACUUGAUCUUUUCGCUCUUCUGGCUAGUACUCUUAUUUAA